AUGCCGUUAAGUGCGUGUGAAAUAGACGCGAUUGACAAGCACAUAAAUCAUUUGACUAUCAAUUCAUCAUCACUCGAUCUAGUACCAUUACUCGUCGAUAAUCAAAUUUUGACGUUACAAGAUGUUGAACAAAUUCAAAAAGAAAAAGAUGACAAGGCGAAGGUAACUGUUGUGUUUGAUAAACUAAAAGAAAAGGAUGCAGAGAAAUUUUAUAAAUUCUGUGACCUUCUGCAAUCGUCAAAUGAUGAAACAGCUGCAAAAUACGCUUCAAUAAUGUUACAAGAUGCUUUGAAAGCGAACACUAUUAGAGCUAGACGUUCAACUAAAAGAAUUAGGAGUCGUGCCAAAUCAUCCAGUGGCGAUGUGAAAUCACUCUCUAGAACUUAUGCUAAGAUAUGCAAAAGCCAGGACUGUAGCGUCUUUGCAUGGGGAAAUAAUCAAUCCUAUCAACUAGGAUCAUGCCAAUUUGAAAAAUUGCGUGUACCAGCAAUCAAUAAAAUAUUAUCGGAUUAUAAGCCGAUAUCCAUAGCUGGAGGAACGAGUAACUCCUACUUUGUUAGCUCAUCUGGAAAACUUUAUGAAUUGGGCAAAUCGAUGAUUACAAAGCCAGUCUUGAACGACGAUUAUAGUCAUCAUCAAAAAAUAUUAACAACACCACAACCAGUCUUUGGAUUUUCCAAUGUAUUUGUUACUCAAGUUAUGGUCCAUCAUGAUGGUGAAUACGCCAUGGCAAUUACUUCCAAUGGUCAGCUUUACACUUGGGGCUGUGGUCCAUUAGGCAAUAAUACGACAUGUUCAACAGCUCAUCCAGUAAAAGCUUUAUUAGGUAAAGAAAUUAUCCAAGCAAGCUGUAGUGUAACGCAUUGUGCGGCAGUAACUUCUAAGGGUAAAUUGUAUACAUGGGGAGAAGGCAAAUAUGGAGGACUUGGUCAUCCUGACUGCAAAUGCCAUAUCAAGCCGAAAAAGGUGAAAGCUUUCAAGGACAAAAAAGUGAAGAUGGUAGCCUGUGGUGGCACUAAUAACUACAAUUUUACGGUAGCAAUUACUACAGAUGGCCAAGUCUGGACUUGGGGAGACUGUAAAUGUGGUAAACUGGGUCGCGAUAAUGGUCAGUCGACCCAUCUUCCAGCCGCCCUCGAUUCAUUGAACGAUAAAAAUAUCGUUAAAGUUUCAUGUAGCUGUGAAUGUACCCUUGCAUUGAGCAACGAUGGAGAAUUAUUUGCCUGGGGCUACGGUGAUUUCCUUCAUCCAGGCUUCUUUAGAGACGAUAUCAUUCCUUUCCCAUAUAAAGUGGAAAUGUUUAAUGAUAUUAAAGUAGCAGAUUUCGCAGUUGGCAGUAGCAACGGCAUCAUUUGCACAAAGGAUGGUAAAGUUUAUACUUGGGGUUACAACGAUUAUGGACAAUUAGGUAAUGGAUUUCGGCAAGAUUCUUUAUCUCAGUUAUGUCCUGUUACCGCUUUGCAGUAUUUUAAACUCGAUCGUGUGGCAUGUGGCUUUUCUCAUGUAUUUGCUUGGCAACUAAAAGCAUAA